UGCGCAAGAGGAGGCUUGAAAGUGUCUAUAUUACUACAUCUCUUUCAAGCAAGAUUUUUAAAAAGUAAAACACUCAUUAGUAUCAAAACAUGUUUUCGUAAAAUAGCUACAGCUUAUUGAAUUCAAAAAAUGUGAAUCGGCGAUGGUGGUUCAUACCCCGGACGGAAGACGUUCACAUCCCAGACCAGGAACGAUAAAUAUUUGUAAUACUUAAUCUGAGAGAGAACACAACGGUACCAAGACGUUCCGCAGUGGAAUUCAUGUACCUAGAGCUGAAAGUUUUAAUCAUGCAAACUUUAACACUUUCUUCGGAACUGUAGUUGCUAUACUUUCCACAGGAAGCUUAUGAAAUCAAUUGUUGCUUCGUCUGCGUUUUUCUGUUAGAUUUUUGAGAUCUGAACAAGUUGGCGUGGUUUUACGUUUUGCAGGUGUCCACGUGUAUAUUGCUGUAGUUAAGUGUUCGUUUUUGUUGAGUGUUGUUUUUUUUUAAAGUAGCGGUAUCUCAAAAUGUCGUCAAUCAAGGGAUUUCACACCGCUGCCUCCAUUUGGGCUAGGGCUAAAAUAGACUCCUUCUUGGAGUACGAUACUCCGAAGAUGGUCCAUAUUAACAGUUGGAAAGCCGGUGCGACCAAUAGGCUUAUACAGUUGGGGAUUAUCACUUAUGUAGUUGGUUAUGUGAUUGUUUGGAACCACGGAUAUCAAGACAUUGAAAUGGUAGAGGGGACAGCUACGGCCAAGGUUAAAGGAACGUCUUUUACAAAUAUCACAAAUGCUCCAGAUCUAGCCAUACCAGUAGAAAAAACGGACCCCUACAAUCGAGUAUGGGACGUUUCUGAUUACGUUAUACCUCCACAGCAGCAAACUGAUGCUUUCUUCAUCAUGAGUAACAUGGUCAUCACACCAGACCAAACACAAAACUACUGUCCGGAGCUUCCUGAAAUAGGGAAGUGUAAAGACGAUUCAGAAUGUAUAAAUAAAGACCGGAUAGGGCACGGUGAAUAUACUGGAAGGUGUGUUAUGUAUAAUAUAAAAACAAAUGAAACUGCGUGCGAAAUAUUCUCGUGGUGUCCUGUUGAAAACGAUACUUCACCAAGGACAGAUAAUCCCGUUAUACCAGAUGCAGAGAACUUUACUGUACUUAUACGUAAUAGCAUCGCUUUUCCCAGGUUCAACUUUAAAAAAAGAAAUAUCUUAAAAGACGACUUUAAAUGUUCUUAUGAUCCACUGAAAUCUAGAUUUUGUCCAAUAUUCAGAAUUGGCAAAAUACUUAAUAUAACAGGACACCCAUACAAUACCGUGGCAAAAGGGGGCGCCAUCAUUAUCGUCGACAUCCAAUGGGAUUGUAAUUUGGAUGAGCCUGAGGAAAAUUGUGUACCGAAGUACCGGUUCACAAGAUCCGAUGUAGACGAGAGUGGUGCUAAUGGGUUUAAUUUUCGGUGGUCGUAUUAUUACAAGAUAAAUGGUACAUUAUACAGAACCUUGACAAAAGCAUAUGGAAUUCUAUUUAAAAUAAAGAUUAGCGGACAAGCGGGGAAAUUUUCCGUUGUACCACUGAUGUUAAACAUAGGGUCCGGGCUAGCUCUUUUAUCACUUGCUACAGUAAUGUGUGAUGUUGUUGUGUUAUAUGUACUAAAGAAACGGCAUCUGUAUAAAGAAGUCAAGUAUCAGAAUGUAUCUCACAACGAAGAAGAGUGCGAAGAAAUUGAGUCAAUACGAAAAUACAUAUCAGCAUUCGACACUUAGAAAGUCUACAGAUUCAAAAGAUGUCGGCCAACCACAAAGGAUUGGAAUCAAACGAUAUUUUACUAACCUAAUGUAGGCCUAUAGCUGUACAGUCAAUCACUUGCAGACUGGGUUUGGAAGUUUGUGUUGGAUGCCGAACUAGAUAUAAAAAUAUCGAAUUUUGGAAAACAAAAUACGACAUUGUUGUAGUAAAAUACAGUAAACAGGGCAUAAACAGUAGUACUGAAUUAAAGUACAUCAAGCCCAGAAUGCAAUGCUUCAAUUGACAUCCUUGAAGAUGUGAUUUUAAGAAAUAUAUAUCAAAAAUAAAUCCAACCCUAGCAUGUAUAAAACGGCAACAGUUGUUCUGGAAACAGAAUAGAAAGCAAUACAAUGGAUAUCAACUUAUACAGUUUCUUUUAAGCUGUAGAACAUUUUACGAGUAUUAAAUGUAAGUUUGAAAAUGUAAAUCACAUUUAAGCUGCUAGAUGGAACAUGUUAAUUGAUCCAACUGAUCUUGGCACAAUCUUGCUUUAGUAAACAGACGGGUUUCGCCCUCUUUCGAGGAUUUGUAGACAUCGGUUUAUAUAAAAAUGAAAUCAGAUCAAUACGCCGCGUUGAUCAGAAGCGCAGUACUUUUUUGACGAUGUAUCCAGACAUGAUUGAUGGAGAUUUCAAUUACUGACAUGACGAGUUGCAGGCAAUAGCGGUUUACAAAUUCACACUUACUGCUAAUGUUGCUGAAUACAGCCGAAUGUGACUACCAAACGCGGGUUAUCACUCGCCUCAAGAUAUCAUCGUACCAGAUCAUCCAUUACACUGAUUACUUGUAUUUUAAUCCAAAACAAGUAAUAAAUACACAU